AUGAUAGCUGCUGCAACUUCUCUGUUGUUUCUGCGGUAUUGGGUUAGGCUCUGUUCCUUCUCCGACGCGGCGUUCUGCUUCAGCCCACAAGAGCACAUAGUUGAGUUGAGAGUGGAGUCCGAUAUUGAAAUCCAAGUAAGGUUAUCUGCUGCAUUUGCAUUGGAGACUGAUAAUUGCAUGACUGGUUUGGUUCUAGCAGAUUGGAUGUAUGUGUUGGCCAUCGCUCUGGCGGUACUGAUUUUAUCUCUGGUCGCUAAAACGCAGAACUUGUUUGCUUCAUUUGCAUCGAAUUCUGGGUCGGCCUCUCAGCUUAGAACAAACAUUUCAUCGUACAGGGUCAAUGUGAUGAUUGUGACUUGCUUGUGUAUAUGGGCUGUUGAUUUCUCAGGAGACACGCGAAGACAGAAACUUAUGGCACUAGCUUGGUAG